CCACCUGGCGGUUUCCCCACGCGGUAGCCUACUGGUACUUCGCAGGCUAUGGCAGACAUGAUCACUGGUGAUACUGAUGGCAUAAGCUCUCCUAUCCUUAUCAAUUAUCGUUGGUCAUUUUAUUGAUACUGGGCUCUUAGAUUAUCCUCUGAUUUAUUUCGAGCAUUUUCUCUUUGGCUGUUGAAAUAUAUGCUACGUUCAUUCUGUGUGUAGCCGUUAUUAUAUCGCAAAUUAAAGAAGACAAACAUGACAAUCAGAAAUGUGCGGGAUCAUGGACAGAGGUUCCGACCGAGGAUGACGUGUCUCAAAAAGGUGGAGGCUGUGAUUCUGGAGAUGCAGGAUCCAAAGACUGGAGUGAAGUCACAACCCCAGAGACUGGUUAUCACUACUAUACCGCAUGCUAUCACUGGUGAAGACAUUGUGGCAUGGCUAGCCAACCGCUACAGUAUACAAACAGAAGAGGCAUGUACUCUAGGCAGAAUGCUGGUUGCAUUUGGAUACAUCUACCCCCUUCAGGAUCAUAAACGACUAAUCAUCAAACCAGAUGCAUCCCUUUACCGCUUUCAGACACCAUAUUUCUGGCCGGCUCAGCAAUGGCCUGUGGAAGACACAGACUAUGCGAUCUACUUGGCCAAGAGAAACAUCCGCAAAAAAGGAAUCCUGGAGAUGUAUGAGCAGGAGCAGUAUAACAGCCUUCACAAGUGGAUGAACCAUAAAUGGGACUUCAUCGUGAUGCAGGCUAAAGAACAGUACAGGGCGGGGAAAGAGAGGAAGAAACCUGAUCGUGUGGUGUUUGACUGCCAGGAAAGAGCCUACUGGGUGGUACACAGACCUCCGCCAGGGACAAUCAGUGCAAUGGACUAUGGACUAGAACGCAUGGUAGACCCCAACGCAGAGGAGAAACAAACUUCAGACUUCUUUAGAAGAACUAUCAUUUUUACACAACAGUCCAUUAUGAGGCCAAGGGUCAAGUCGUCGGUGUCUAUCGGAGCUCUGGUCAAAUACUCCAUCACCUAUAAUAAGCAUGACCCCUUCCUGGCUCCCUGUCUCCCUAGCAACCCCUGGUUAACUGAUGAUGUCACCUACUGGAUGCUCAACAUGACCAAUGUGGAGAUUCCCACUAAGAUGCGUGUUGAGAGGUGGACCUUCAGUUUUGGAGAACUUUUGGCUGACCCUCGAGGCAGAGCUGAUUUUACACUUUUCCUCAAGAAGGAGUUCAGCGGUGAGAACCUCGCGUUCUGGGAGGCAUGUGAGGAUCUGAAAUGGGGAACGGCUGCAACCAUGAAUGAGAAGGCCCAGCAGAUCUACAAGACUUUUUUGGCUCGUGGCGCCCCUCGAUGGAUCAACAUUGAUGGAAAAACCAUGGAGGUGACAGUUAAAGGGCUGAAACACCCGCACAGAUAUGUCCUGGAUGCAGCUCAGACGCACAUCUUCAUGCUGAUGAAAAAGGACUCUUAUGGAAGAUAUCUGAAAUCUCCAGUGUUUAAGGAGACUCAGAAGAGAGCCAUUGAUCCUGAGCAACACAGGUUCAGUGUGACCCAGUUGGAGGCUAAUGCAAAGAAGCGCCGCCCCAGCCUCAGUCCCAUCAUUGUCCGCCAGCAGGAGGAGGAAGAGAGAGCCCGGAUGGCCACCAGUGGCCCUGUGGACAUCACACAGGUUAUGAGCAAACUCAGCAACAAGGGCAAGGAGGUGCCCCCACCAAAGAAAUAGCCUACAAAACACAUGCAUAUACACAAAUGUACACAUUUCAUAGAACCAAAGUACAACCACACGCACAGACACAAAAUGAUAGAGAAACAGUGUAGUCGAUUCCUUAACGUAGUUUGAAGCAGGGGUCAGCAGCCAAAGGCAUGCAGGCCAACAGCGCUACUCAAGGCCAUUUUCCUUGGAUUAAACAUUUUUAUAUAAAAUUAAAAAUAUGAAUGUAUUUAUUUUUGUUUAGUUUGUCAAGUUUAUUAUUUAAAAUUAUUUUGUGUGUUUGUUUUAUUUCUAAUUAUUUUCACCAAUUGUAAAAACUGUAGAACCAGAUUGAAAUUGCACUGGUUUUCACUGCAAGGUUGUAAUCAAUCAUAAAAGCUAUUUGAUUAGCCAAUUAGAUUUCUGAUUUGCAGCAGUUAGUUCCGCUCCGUUUGUCUCUUACUUCCUGCUUAAUUUAAACUCUCAGCUAAAUUCAAAAUUAAGCUGUGCUGAUGAGCUUUCACAUUGCUAGCAGCUUGCAAGCGUUCUUUCAUUAUAAUUUUUUUUAUGUCCGUGCCAAAUCAGCAUCAGCAAAGUCAGCGCAUUGGUUUCUACAUUGAUAAAAUAAUAUAGAUUUGUCUAACUAAAAAGCUGGUUUGGCCAUUCUGUUGUGAAGAUUAGGUGUACAGUGUCAUUUUGAAACAAGGCAUGAGAAAAAUGUCACAAAUGAAGCCGUUUGUUCAAGAAUCUACAUGAAUCUACACAAUCACCUCAAACUAUUGUGUUAAAAAAUCCCUGUUUGUCAAUAGAUAGGAGUGUGGAUGUGAAUGACUCAUCUAGUAGUUGUUGCAAAUAUCUAUAUGUGGAGAGAAGGUUUGCAGAUUCCAGACGUGGAGCUUUGGUAGUUUUUAUUAGGAGGUUGACAGUUCCAAGCAAGGGCAAGGCAGAGUCAAAAAGGCAAAAGGUCAAAACCGGUAAGUCAAAAAACAAGAGGCAACUGUACAAAGGCCAAGGCUUAACAUGGUCAAAAAUGCAAGGCAGAAGUUGGCUAGUGUGAAAGUACAAAAAUCACAAGACUAGAGCAAAGUGGAGAUAUACUAAAGCUAAGGUCAAAACACUGAAUAUCUAAAUACUAAGAGUACUCUAAACGAAGGCUCAGUACAUUGGCUAAAGUCAGACAAUACCUCACAAAAGAACUGCAAAACAGAACGGCACUGUAUAGGACACUAAAUGAGGGCAGGUGAACAGAAACACAGGUGAAACUCAUUAGGACUAAUACAGAGAAGGCUAUGUUUAAAACAACUAAGACACACUGGAACAAAGUUACGGAAACAAAACUAAAUCAAUAAUAACCAAUCAAGAAAUCAAAGAUCUAAGCAUAAGGGAAAAACUGCAUUAAACAUUAAUGUCAGAUCUAUGUUCAUAGGGUUUUGAAGAGCAUGCAAAAGAAAACUCUACAAAUGUUUUUUAAAAUAUCUAUUGGGGUGGAGCUCUGUGACAGUAGAUUGACAGCACCUCUGUUUGGUUUAGCCAGGUAGGCAGUUACUUAUGUGCAUAUUCAACUCAUAAGUGGCACAGAGAUCCGUAGAAAUGGAUGGAUAAAUACUAAAUUGACACUGCAUGGAAAAAGGCUGCUGACCCCUGACUUAUAGCAAAGCUGACAAAUAGUGAGCAUUCCCAUGAAAUGUGCAACGUCUGCUGCCAUAGUCAGUGUAGCAUACACACUUCAAUUAGAAAAUCAGAGCAUCCAUUUCGUACAGUAACAACUGUAACAACUGUUGAAGGAAGGAGUGAGGUACGACAGACGGGGGAAUCUGCCUUUAUCGAUUAAGCACCUGAACCCGCUCUAGGAUCACGCCUUUUAAGGCCAAUGAGGGAACGUGCCGCAGAGCUAACAGUGUUUCGUUUCAUCCGGUGGUUCGGUACGACACAACGGGGACGUGCACUAGUCGCGCCAUGGCGGCCGACCCAAGGGAAAACAACUUUCACUAAGGCCUGCAGUUCCCUACCUGUACGCGUAACUACUUGUAAGCCCUAUUCUCUCAGCAGAGAGCACACUAUGAGCUAAGCAGGGAGCCUAACGUCAAGGCAGUAAAACCUCAGAAACAUAUGAAAUGAUGCCCAGGUUGCAGUAGCACAAAUGCCAACCCUUUCAAACAGAGCUAAAAUGUGGGACUGCGCACCCUAUUUGGCCAAUACCCUUGUCCUUUUUUUGUCAAAUGGCAAGGAGAGCCUCCAAUCCUGUGAGAUUGCCACAGUUUAGGCAGUGUUCCAUCCCAAGCUGGAUUUAGCGAAACGGACAAAGAGAUGGUUGUGUAACUGGAGAACCCUGAGGUCUGCUAUAUGUACAGUGAAUUCCAAAAGUAUUUACACAGUGACAGAUUGUACAGACUUUUUGGCUGUGUAUUCCAGCACUUUGGAUUGUACUCCUCAGACAUGAACAGGCAAAAAGGAAAACAGCUCAAAGGCUAAGGUCUAGGAGAAAAUGAUAUUUUGGCCUAAAGGCUGCAAUUCGGCACUGAGUCACUUAAAAUCACCCAAGUAAUAAGGGGUGAGGAAAAUUGCUCUUUUUAGGAGAGGAUCCUAAUAUCCACAGACUCCAAUGGUUCAAAAGGAGCCCUACACAUUAUGUCCAGAACCAGAGAAAAGUUCCAUUUGGAUGCACUAGGUGAAGGAACGGGCCUGAGGUGGUGAGUGCCCGUCAAAACCUGAAUUGCCAGGGGAUUUGCCAUUGGGUUGAAGCUAGCCGGCUGAAUAGUAGCAAUAGCAUUUUGUGGCAAACGUUUUGCAGAUGGAUAGGAACUCUCAGAGGCCAGGCUCCUCCAACCGACUGUCUGUGGAUGUCUGUGGAUGCGAAACCUGCCAGGGCACCUGCAGUCCCCACCCAGCUGGCAAAUUACGUACCGACGGGUGACAACUUAAAGAGAAAAACCUGAAUAAACGAGUGGAGGAACGUAACGUAUGCAGAUACUUCCAUACAGGUGUGUGGGAUACGAUUAAGCAAAUGGCAUCCCAUCAUGCUCGUUGGCGUGUACAAAAAAUGACUGAGCAGGCCCAGUUGACCUCGCUCAAGACGGCAAAAGGAAAUGAUCUAAGUGACAUAAACCCAGGUUGCAAUGAUCAGAGACACACAGAAUCGACCAAAGCAAGCAGAGGCACGCGCUACUCCAGAUAUUGACACCGAAUGGCCUCAUCAGCAGUGUGAGUCAACGGAACUCAUCAAUGGAACUCAGGAAAUCUCCUUCCUUAGGAUGGGCUCCGUGGCCAUGGGGACAGGUGAUGUGACAGUGCCUGAAGGAGCAAGGAAAUCACAGCAAACUGAGGUUUGUAAUUGAAAGUCACUGUCCUCUUUGUCCACACCGACACAAGGCAGCAUGUAGCCGGACACAACAUUGUGUACUGGGGAACGUUGCUCUGUUUUCACAUUCAUCCCCAUUAUAUCCCUUCAUACCCACCACUUCUGACAACAAAGUAGCGGUUUGCUAGGAGUUACGUGUUGAGCAGGAGACCGAUAGCUUCGCUAUGUAUUAGUAUCUUUAGACCAACAGGCAAAAGAAAAACAUCCCACGGCAUUGAUACAGCUAUAUGGAUGUUAUGGACCGAGCUGUCAGUACUCCCAACCUGAAAGGCAUGUGUGGUACCACUCGCAGUAGAGUCAACAUGGGGUGUCGCCACACACCAGAUGGCUAAGAACUAGUCAGGAUAACCAAGAAAAUAAUCUCUUUGCCCACCUACACAGAGGAGUCAACAGAGACUGUACAGUACUGUUUAGACAGCCAACCUACUAGCAAGUGCUCCGCCCCCCUGCAGCGCUGCCAGCGAAACAACAGGAGGUAACAUGAGUGUGGGAAACGUGCUCCCGUAUCUCCAGCCGAAACCCUUCCCACACUUGUGAUCCCGGUUGAAGGCCGAGUGGGAACGGUGUGAUGGAACUUUGAAACAGCAGCACUCUCAGCCAGGCAAUUUAGAGGCAUUAAACGUUCAGGCCUGAGGGGAAAUUAUUGGUUAGGAGUUUAUGUUCUCCCUGUUUUGAACAGGGAUUGUGCCAGACCAUUGUCCUCUACCCUGGAACUAUCUGAGUUGGUGGCUGUGCUGCUUUCCUAAGACUAAUACACAGCAAGCGGGUUGUUUUCCUCACCUGGAAAGAGGUGCUUCAAACAGACUCAAGCCCUCAGUUGCCUUGAACGGUGUGAUAGUGGAGCGUGUUCUGUCGUUGUCAUGAUAAAAGCACACUCCCCAUAGCACACUCCCCAUAGUGUGUCAUAUCGAAUCUAAAAGGGAACUGACUUACUGAAUGUCUUACUGUCACUAUAAAGCAAUACUAAUUGUUUGGUCUUCAGUCUACCAUCAUAGUAGACGACAUGGUUUAUAGUGUUUAGGUCAUUAUGGCAUGUUUGACUGACUGAAUAGUGCCGCCUGUAAUACUCAUCUGUUUUUCCACAUCAUCAGAUUCAUUAUCUGUAGGCACACAUCUGGGUGUUCCACGAAUAGAGUACCUUUUAUAUCCUCAAACAUUGUGUACUUGGUGAUGUUUUUAAUACUGUUCACUACCUCAACUGCUGUCGUCUGGGGAGUAACACCCUGCUGAACUGGAAUAAACGAUGAACAGUGAUAUUUAUGACUGAACUAAGUUACUAGCUCAAGACAUCUGCAAAAAUGACACAUUUAUUAUUUAUGCAUCAUAAGAUAUUGAAACAUCUCAGAAUGGGAACUCACACAUCCAUACACUACACUAAAAGCCACUCUAUUCGUGAAAUGACAAAUCGGAUUCAUGUCAUUGUUGUAACACAAACCAUCCAUCUAAUAAAACAUAUAUAACCCACCCA